AUGGCCACCGCAUCAGGUCGAGACAUUGGGUCCGCCAAGUCGCGCAAGAGGACCAGCGACUCAGAGCUUGGGUUUCCAGAGAAGCCCAAGAUUGAGGCCAAGACGGACCCAACACGAUGGCGAAUCAAGGAUGAUGACAGCCGCCACACGUGGCAUUACUUGACCACCAAAAAGGCUGCUGAAGAAUGGCCGCAGAGCUACGCAGAGAAGUACUAUUUGGGCUUGCCCCUGGACUUGCCAGCACUUCCAAAGCCCGAAACGCCUCUGGACUCUGCCAAGAAUGCGCUCGAAUUCUUCCAAAAGCUCCAGCUGCCAUCAGGCCACUGGGGGUGCGAAUAUGGCGGACCAAUGUUCCUCCUGGCUGGUAUUGUUGUGGCUUGGUACGUCACCAAGACGCCGAUUCCGUCGGCAUACGCGACUGCCAUAAAGGACUACCUCGCGGCACGAGCCCACCCUGAGGACGGCGGCUGGGGACUACACAUUGAAGGUGAAAGCACCGUAUUCGGCAUCACGCUCAACUACACAGUGUUGCGCUUGGUGGGCGUCGACCCCGAGGACCCUCUCAUGGUGAAGGCUCGAGGUACCUUGCACAAGCUUGGAGGAGCUGUCAACUCACCACACUGGGGUAAGUUCUGGUUGGCAACUUUGGGUGUGGUAAGCUGGGACAUUGUCAAUCCUGUCCCGCCCGAGAUUUGGCUGCUUCCAGAUUGGGUGCCCAUUGCACCAUGGAGAUGGUGGAUUCAUAUCCGAAUGGUUUUCCUGCCAAUGGGAUACAUCUACUCAAAGAGAUGGAGCUGUGAGGAGACGGAUGUAAUCCGUGGUUUGAAGGAGGAGUUGUUUACGCAGCCCCAUGCCGAAAUUAACUGGGCUGCGCACCGAAACAGCAUUGCACCUGGUGACAACUACCACCCAAAAUCGUCUCUGCUCAACACUAUGAAUUGGUUCAUUGUCAAUGUCUGGAACCCAUACCUGCGUCCCAACUUCAUCAAGGAGCGAGCCGAACAGUGGGUUAGCCAGCAGGUAGACAUGGAAGAUGCCAACACGGGAUACGCCGAUCUUGCGCCUGUAAACGCGCCUAUGAACACGAUUGUAUGCUAUAUUCGAGAUGGGCCUGAUGCUUUCAGCACAAAACGACAUAUUGAACGCUUGGAUGAGUAUCUGUGGGUCAAGGAUGAGGGCAUGCUCUGCAACGGCACCAACGGCGUCCAAUGCUGGGAUACCGCCUUUUUGAUCCAGGGCGUCUUUGAGGCGGGCCUGCAAAAUGACGAGCGAUGGCGCCCAAUGUUAACCGGCGCCCUCGAGUAUUUGGAACGUCAACAGAUACGCGAAAACUGCGUCGAUCAAGAGAAAUGCUAUCGACAACCACGGAAGGGAGGCUGGCCCUUUAGCAACAGAGACCAAGGCUAUGGUGUCAGUGAUUGUAUUUCCGAGGCCUUGAAAGCCAUUAUCCUGCUUCAAAAAGUCGGCGGAUUCCCAGCAGUGCUGGAAGACCAGCGCAUUUUUGACGCAGUCGACACGCUGUUGCUGUACCAGAAUGACAAUGGGGCUUUAUCAUCGUAUGAGGCCCGACGAGCCGGCGAGUACAUGGAAAUGUUCAAUGCUGCCGAGGUGUUUGGCAGGAUCAUGAUCGAGUAUGACUAUCCCGAAUGCACUACAGCGUGCGUCACUGCGCUUUCAUUGUUCAGUAAGCAUUGGCCAGAUUACCGAAGCAAAGAAAUCAAAAUUUUCAUCAACAGGGCAACCAACUGGAUCAAAACAAAUCAGCGUGUUGACGGUAGCUGGUAUGGUAGCUGGGGCAUCUGCUUCACCUAUGCAACCAUGUUUGCACUGGAAAGCAUGGCCAGUAUUGGCGAGACAUACUCUAAUAGCAAGAUUUCUCGGCGCGGCUGCGACUUUCUUAUUUCCAAACAGAGAGAGGAUGGCGGCUGGUCUGAAAGCUACAAGGCUUGCGAAACGAUGGAGUACCAUGAACACCCCAUGGGUUCCUUGGUGGUCCAAACUGCAUUCGCGUUGAUUGGCUUACUUGAAGCUGAUUACCCUCAUAUCGAGCCAUUAAAGAAGGGCAUCAAAUUGCUCAUGGAACGACAGCAAGAAAACGGGGAAUGGCUCCAGGAAGCCAUCGAGGGCGUUUUCAACAAGUCAUGCAUGAUUUCGUACCCCAACUACAAGUUUACGUUUACGCUGAAGGCGUUGGGAUUGUUUGCGAAAAAAUAUCCUGACGUUAAGGUGGAAUUAUAA